AUGCAUCUAGGCAAAGAUAGUCCUAUUGUUGUUACAAAAACACAAUAUACAGCUGAAGAAUUUAUUCAAAAGAAAAUUGAAUUACUUAAAGAUGACGCUGAACCAUUUUUUGCCGUUGAUCUUGAAGAUAUAUGUAAUAAACAUAUUAAAUGGAUAACUUUGAUGCCACGCGUUACACCUCAUUAUGCUGUGAAAUGUAAUGAUGACAUAAAUAUUAUCAAAUUACUUGCCUUUCUUGGAGCUGGUUUUGAUUGUGCAAGCAAAGGUGAAAUCAAGAAAAUUAUUGAUUUGGGGAUAUCAGCUGACCGUAUUGUCUAUGCUAAUCCAUGCAAGCAAUCAUCAUAUAUUCGUUAUGCAAAAGAAGUCGGCGUUGAAACAAUGACAUUUGAUAAUGAACAAGAAUUAAUGAAAAUUAAAGAUAUCUAUCCAAACGCUAAACUUGUUUUACGUAUCGUUACUGAUGAUUCGAAUGCCGUGUGUCGUUUUUCUAUGAAAUUCGGUGCUGACAUAAAUACAGCACGUAAACUAUUGGAAAAAGCACGCCAGAAUGAUCUUGAUAUUGUUGGUGUUAGCUUUCAUUGCGGUAGUGGUCAAAUGACAAGCAAAGCAUUUGUGGAUGCUAUUCAAAAUGCUCGAACAAUUAUGAAUUAUGGGAUGAAAUUAGGCUUUACCAUGAAUCUUUUGGAUAUUGGUGGUGGUUUUCCAGGAAACACUGGAACAGAAAAUCAUUUUUCUGACAUUGCUACUGCCGUCAAUCAAGCACUUGAAGAACAUUUUCCUAAUGAUGGCUCUGUUCGAGUUAUUGCUGAACCUGGCCGAUACUAUGUCGCAUCAGCUUAUACAUUAGCUACAAGUGUUAUUGCAUUACGAGAUAUGGUUGACACAGAAACUGGUGCUAUGAAAUAUAUGUACUACAUUAAUGAUGGUGUUUAUGGUUCUUUCAAUUGUGUACUCUACGAUCACUAUGUACCGGAACCAAAAUUUUUGGCUGAUAAUCAAUCGAAUGAAAAAUUUACAUCAUCAAUUUGGGGACCAACUUGUGAUGGCCUUGAUUGUAUCCAUACAUCAAUCAAAAUGCCAAAAUUAAAUAUAGGCGAUUGGAUUUUAUGGAAAAAUAUGGGCGCAUAUACAAUAUCGGCAGCUGUGGAAUUCAAUGGACUACCAUUUGGUAAACCACUUUAUUUCAUGUCGAAGCACUUUUGGGAUUCAGUUAAAGAUGCUUUUCUGCCAAAACUGAAAAAAUAUCAAUACGAAACACAAUUGGUUCGUUUCAAUAUAAACGAAUGUUCAAAUGAAGUCGAAGAUGACAUGAUACCAUGGUUACUUGAAGACUCAGCUGAAGACUCAGCUGUUCUUACAAUUCAAUAA